CGGCUCCUAGGCUAGUUCAUGUGUACACACGUACGUAUCACUUGAAGCUUGGCCAAGUAUUGUAGCCUGUCUGUUACGCUUCACACUUUCCUCUUGUCAUACACUGCAAUAAUGUCUCUAUCGUUCAAAGGUCAAACUGUCGUAAUCACUGGUGCAGGCGGUGGACUCGGGAAAGCGUACUCGUUGCUGUUCGCAUCGCGCGGUGCGAACGUUGUUGUAAAUGACUUCAAUGCAGAGGCUGCACAGAAGGUCGUGGAUGAAAUAAAGAAGGCUGGCGGUAGCGCCAUCGCAAACACCUCUUCUGUGACUGAUGGUGCUGCGGUGAUUCAGAGCGCCAUAAGUGCUUUUGGGGGUGUAUCAAUCCUCAUUAAUAAUGCGGGUAUUCUGAGGGAUAAAGGGUUUAAGAACAUGACGGAUGUUGAGUUUGAUCAGGUCAUCUCUGUGCAUGUCAAGGGUGCAUUCUCGUGUACGAAAGCUGCUUGGCUCCACUUCAGGAAUCAGAAGUUCGGGCGCAUUAUUAACACCGCUAGUGCAGCUGGUAUUCACGGGAACUUUGGCCAGGCGAACUACAGUGCUGCUAAAAUGAGCUUAAUUGGAUUCACAAAGUCAUUGGCACGAGAAGGUGCAAAAUAUAAUAUCAGCGCCGUCGCUAUCGCGCCUGUUGCUGCAUCAGCUAUGACUGCGACAAUCAUGUCUCCGGAGAUGCUCGCGAAUCUAAAGCCGGAAUUCGUGGCGCCUUUCGUCGCUGCUGUGUGCCACCCUGACGGACCGAACCCCUCUGGCAGAGUGUUUGAGGUUGGCGCUGGAUUUGUCACAGAGAUUCGAUGGGAACGCAGCAAAGGCACCGUCUGGAAGACGGACGAUACGUUUACUCCCUCAGCUGUCAAACUCAAGUGGUCAGGAGUGACCGAUUUCUCGGAAGUGAGCCACCCAGAGUCCGUGUCCGAUGUUGAUAGCACUCUCGAACUUGCUUCUACGAUGCCUCCAAAUCCCCAAUCAGCACCACCGGUUCGCUUCGACAACAAGACUGUCAUUAUCACGGGUGCUGGUGCUGGUCUUGGACGCGCAUAUGCACUCAUGUAUGCGCGCCUUGGCGCAAAUGUGGUUGUCAACGACGUCAGCGAGAAAGGAGCACAUGCUGUGUGCUCCGAAAUCAAGUUGGCUGGGGGUAAAGCAGUUCCUGCAGUUUGCUCGGCAGAAGAUGGCGAGUCCAUUGUCAAGACAGCCUUGGACGCAUUUGGAGGCGUACAUGUCCUUGUGGCGAAUGCUGGUGUCCUGAGAGAUCGCUCAUUCACUGCCAUGUCCGAGCAGGAGUGGGAUCUUGUCAUGGCGGUGCAUUUGCGUGGUACAUACAAGUGUGCAAAAGCUGUUUGGCCUAUAUUCCAGAAGCAGAAAUACGGUCGUAUUAUUACGACCUGCUCGCAAGUCGGCAUCUAUGGUAACUUUGGCCAGACGAAUUACUCGUCAGCCAAGGCCGGUAUCAUGGGUUUCACCAAAACGCUUGGAUUUGAAGGCCGUAAAUAUAACAUCUUGAGCAAUGUCAUCGCUCCCUCUGCGGGCACUGCCAUGACGAUGACGAUUUGGCCACAAGAAAUGGUCGAUGCAUACAAGCCCGAUUACAUUGCACCAAUCGUCGGCUACCUCACAAGCGAAGCAAACACCGAGACGACAGGACAAUUGUUUGAGAUUUCUGGUGGAUGGGCAGCGCAGACUCGGUGGCAGCGUGCUGGUGGCUACGGGUUCCCUACUAACAAAGUGCUCACCCCGGAAGAUAUCAUCUCCAAAUGGGACGUUCUCACCAACUUUGAUGAUGGUCGUGCUAUACACCCUACUACCACAGCCGAAGGUAUGCAACAAAUAAUGGGCAACUUUGAAAACAAAGCGUCGGUUGUGGAGACUGUGAAAGAUGCUGUGAGAGAUGUCGGAAAAGCGUUGAAAGCUAAGUUGUAGGACUUUCGGAACUGUAUCUACCUAUCUUUGUAUUACUAUUUGUGCACGCGUCAUGGUUAUGGCAUUUGGCUUGCGGAUCAUAUCUGGGGAGACGCGUUUGUGCACUCAACGCCGGACCUUCAUCCUUUGAUAUCACUCACAGGCUACUCCUGCCUAUUGCCGGAUGAUCAUUACUAGUUGAUUACUUAGUGUUCUUGCUCUUCGUACUUGAGCCACCGAGGUGGUACUUUGGUAUCUGAGCUUAUAUGAGCGUAGAUGGCCAGGUAAAAUAUCCAUUCAUUCACAGUA